AUGGUUCCGGAUUUGGAACUGCUAAAAUUCGUCUUCCGUGCCUGUAAAUACUACUAUCCAAGCUGUGUAUCCGCACUGCUCAUCUUCGAAAAUCCGGGAAUGCUGAAGGCACCAUGGAUGCUAUUGCGCACACUGAUGUCGACCGAAAUGCAGCACCUUCUACGACACGUAACGCGCACAUCCUUACCCGCUUUUGUCCCAUUAAAAUACAUUCCGAUGCGAUAUGGUGGCGAGGUAAAUACGUUUUUUUUUUACAACGACGCUCUGCGUAUCACUAAAAUUAAAUCAUUGGCGUACUAA